GUUCUCGUAUGGACUGAACGUUUCCCCGAUGAGGGUCCGACGGGCGCUGGCGCAACAUUCAGAUACUCUGAUCAACAUUCGCGUUCAAUGCCACCUGGACAUCGAAAUGGAGGAGAACGAGUGGUUCGAUACUUUUGGAAUGUUUCAAAGACUCGAGCAUCUUUCGUUGGAUCCAGCGGACUUUGAUUUGAAUUAUCAGAACUGCUUGGACGGCCCAAAUGCGUUCAUCACCACAUUACCUCGAUCACUUCGAAGCCUAACCUUCCUGGCCCAGCACCACUCGGACUUUACGGACAUCGAAUGGCUUGCCAAUGCCGUCUACGAAGGGGACUUUGAGAAUCUCGAAAGCUUCACCAUACAUAUUACAGACAGAGACAGAGACUUCUUUCAUUUCGCCAUGAGAGAAAUCUGGCGUGGGAUCGAUAAGCCAGAGUCUGGGGAGGACGAAGCUUCCUUCUGUGUCAAAGUGAUUUCUGAGACUAAUUCGAGGGAAUUGUGGUGUUACUGGUGAUAAAACUC